AUGGAAGAGGAAAAAAGGCAGGCAGUGAACAAAGCUAUUGCAAACAUGCAAACCGAAUGUGACCGAAAGACGAAGCAAGUCAAGGAGAAAUGCAAAGAGGAAUUCUUAGAGGAAAUUAAGAAGUUGGCUAGCCAGCACAAGCAGUUGAUUUCGCAGACCAAGAAGAAGCAGUGGGAGCACCGGCAUCACACCAAGAUGACGAUGUUCUAUCACUCGCCCAGAAACUCCAUAGAGUUUUGGGGGCAAGUGCUAGAGUAUCACCCCUGGUACAAUACCAGCUCUUCCAGGUUGCUCCGGAAGUGGCAUCAUCACACAGCUACUGCCCUCUCUGAAAGCACUUGCCUCAACCCACCAUCCACCAGUUGCCAAGCCAUGCCUGGUAUUCCUACUUAUGGUGACCUGUUGGAGUUUUCAAGACUGAGAGGGCCAGGCCACGGCGAGGCAGAGACCAGGGAGUGCAUCUACUACAAUGCCAACUGGGAGCUGGAGAAGACAAACCAGAGCGGCGUGGAGCGUUGCGAAGGAGAGAAAGACAAGCGCCUCCAUUGCUACGCCUCUUGGAGGAACAACUCUGGCUCUAUUGAGCUGGUGAAGAAAGGCUGCUGGCUGGAUGAUUUCAACUGCUACGACAGGCAGGAGUGUGUGGCCACUGAAGAGAGUCCACAAGUGUUUUUCUGCUGCUGCGAAGGGAACUAUUGUAAUGAGAAGUUCACUCACUUACCUGAAGUUACAGGUCCGGAAGUGGUGUAUGAACCACCCCCACCGACCCCAUCACUGCUCAACAUCAUGGUCUACUCUCUGCUUCCGAUCAUUGCUCUCUCCAUCGCCAUACUGCUGGCCUUCUGGAUGUAUCGGCACCGCAAGCCCCCCUACGGCCACGUCGACAUCAGUGAGGACCCGGGCCUUCCACCCCCUUCUCCAUUGGUUGGACUGAAGCCUUUGCAGUUGCUGGAGAUCAAAGCCAGGGGGCGCUUUGGCUGCGUCUGGAAGGCUCAGCUGAUGAAUGAUUACGUAGCAGUGAAAAUCUUUCCCAUACAGGUGGGAACAAGAAGAUACAUGGCUCCUGAGGUAUUAGAGGGGGCGAUAAACUUCCAGAGAGAUGCCUUCCUAAGAAUAGACAUGUAUGCCAUGGGGCUAGUUUUGUGGGAACUGGUCUCCAGGUGUCGAGCAGCUGAUGGUCCAGUGGAUGAGUAUAUGCUGCCGUUUGAAGAAGAGAUCGGUCAGCAUCCGUCCCUCGAGGACCUCCAGGAGGUGGUGGUUCACAAGAAAAUACGUCCCGCAUUCAAAGAACACUGGCUUAAGCAUCCUGGUCUGGCGCAACUUUGUGUCACCGUAGAAGAAUGCUGGGACCACGACGCUGAGGCGCGCCUCUCAGCAGGUUGUGUGGAGGAGCGGAUUUCUCAAAUACGCAAAUUGGUAAAUGGCACUACCUCGGACUGCCUCGUUUCCAUCGUGACCUCCGUCACCAACAUGGACCUGCUGCCCAAAGAGUCAAGUAUCUAGAUCCUGGUUCACUUAAUUUUUUUUUUUUUGGUGUCUUUCCAGACUCAGUGGAUUUUUUUUUUAAAAAAAGUUAAACCACACACACACGAAUGCAGCUGCUAUUUUAAUCUUGACUUUUUACUAUUGCUGUUGUUAUUAUUAUUGUUGUUGUUAUUAUUAUUAUUGUUGGAGGUUUUUUUUUUUGAUCGGAUCAAUUUUACCAGCACAUUGUUCUACUGUAUUAAAAAGAGGGGAUAAAAGACAAAAAUGAGGACAUCUCAGCAAGCAUUCGGGUGCCGACUAGUGAAUGCAGGCCUGAUGCAGGUACCUCAAAACCUCAACAGACUCGCUUUGUUUCCUUUUUGAUUCUGUUUUCUGGGUUUUCUCUCUUCCCAGUGUGUCUUUUUUUUUUUAAAUAAAAAACCCCAGAGCAUCUGUGAUAUCCAGGAUACCACCUCCCCUUCUACAAGACAUGUUGCAAAAUUCGGAGGAAACUUAAGACUGUUACAUAAGAUUACACUUCAGAAAGGAACUUUUUUCGCCCUGAAACCUUUCCUUUUCAUUUUUUAAAAUUCUUUUCUAUUGUCGACAGUGAGCUUGAAAAAAAAAAGCAAAGCAGAUGUGUCUUUUACGGGUCUAACGGGUGUUGUAACACGGGGGGAGGGGGAGAAACUGAGAAGAGAAUGUUGAUUCUUUGAUGGUAGAAUCGAAAGGGAAAAGUUUAGUAUAUGGGGCGGGGGAGAAAGAGACGUUGGACUUUUGCAGCAUCUGGAGAAACAUCUGCUAUGGAGCUACUUCUCAGGUAAACCGUUAAUGAGAGGGAGAGCCAGUUUUGAGGCAGAGCAUCGCACUGCUGCCGUGUACAGAGAAAGUUGGGUCACAGAGAAUCACAGACAGAAAAGAAGUCCUUUUGCUGAUUUCUCAGGCUUCGGUGUUUGUUUCAUAAAAAAGGAAACUCUUUUAUUCGCGGUCAAACCAGGCAAGAUACUAAAAGAGUGCAAAUUAAACCUCCUUCCCUCAAUGUGCUGCUUCCCAGGAUGAAUUGGGGAGGGCGGGUGUCUCCCCUCAGCUGCAACUUAACAUUAACAAAAUACCUGGAGUUUCAUAUCUCCCAGCGUCUUAUCUGGUUUGAUGCAUUGCAUGCCGAGGAUCUUUUAAAAAAUGCAUUUAAAAGCACCAUCCUACGCAAAUGUGCACCCUUCAAAAGCCCAUUGAGUUCAAAUAGAUGCAGAAGGGUGUAACUUUCAUGCCCUUUUGCCCAGGUUUUCCAAUGCCACACUUCCGGUUUCGGGCUUGUCUAGUAUUGGAAAAAUUGCAGGAAAGGGCGAAAGGGCAUGACCGCAUCCAUUUUGUUGGGUCCCAAAUUGUGCAAAAUUGCAUUCUGCUUGCAUUUUAUGCAGGAGGUAUAAAUCAAAGGCCUGCGGAUGUCUUGCAACGUGAUGAUUAGAGGAAAAGGUCCCGGGCCAGAACUCCUGCCCGAGUCCUGCUUUUCCAAAAGAAAGAAGACAGCCAAGCAAAACUUUGGCGACUGGAAGCUUUUUUUAAAAAAAAUACAUUACAGAUCUUAAGGAUUAACAGAAGAAUUAUUCACGUGCAGGAGAACUGGCCACCUGAGGCAUGUUUCCAUUCUUAUUGGUCCCCACUGAAAUCAGAGAGACUUACUUCCAAGUAAACGUUGUCAAGGUUUGUCUCUGGUGGAAUUCUGUUGACAACAAAGGCUCCCUGUUUAGCUGUUUAUGAAUAACUCCAGGAUGCAUAGAAGGGCUAAGAAUUUCUAGUAAGAAAACAAUGGAUUGGUCCCCCCCCCGCCCCCAGAAAAACAACCCUGCAUGUCCCGCAGUUCUUUAUUGGAAGCAGUGAUCCUUAAACUGGUUUGAAACUCGUUUCCAAGUUGUUCGUAUUUGUAAUGGAGUUUACCUGUCUGAUAAUCAUCACAGCCUGAACUUUUGUAUGUUUACUCAGAAGUAAGUCUCACUGUUGGCCGUGGGUUAAAUAUUGCCUAUGACUACAGCCUCCGCUGAAAUUCAGUAUUUACAAAAAUUCUUCUUUCUCUGAACUCUGUCACCCAACUCUUUUGUCCUCACAGUGGUACAUAUUCCAAAAUACCAUUAAUUCUCUUAUGCCAUAAACUCGCUCUAGUCAGUGAAUGUUCCUAAUGCUGCCGAUUUCAACAUUUAAAUAUUUUUUUAACUUGCAAAACAUGCAAUGGUUUUUUAAAGGAAAAAAAAAUAGAACACACAUAACGCAUUACGUGGCUUCCGAGGUUCGAACUUAUUUUUAAAAAGUUGCGGGAAAACUUCACGACCACAGACCACCUCAAACCAGAAAUACCUCAGAAUUUUCUACUUGUAUGAGUUUUAUUAUAUAUUUUGUUAGUUGUGUUGUCUCGUGGUACGUAUAUUUUAAUGUAAGUUGGCUUUUUUGACAAGGGAGGUUUUUUAAAAAAAAAAGAAGGAAAAGAAAAAAAAACAAUUCCAAAAUCUUUUAGGAAGUUCUACCGUUUUGUUUUGUUUUAUAAAGCAUCAUUGUAAAUACGUGUAAACGGUUUUAGAAUAAUUGCCUGUAGAAGGUUCCCUGGGCAUUAUUCUCUCUAGUUUUUGAAGGCUGUUUCUAUUCUGUUAUUUGUGGGGGCAGCGGGGGCACAAGCAGUUUUAGUAAAAGAUCGACACAUCAUUUUCUCUUGAAAUCUUUCUCUUGUCCCCUGAGUACAACAUCAAUCUACAAAAGAAAGUUGUUUUUGUUGACAGAUUUCAGCACGUUUUUCCGGCAAAGCAGAACAAAGGAAUCUUUUGUAACCCGUCAAGGAUUCCUUUUAUCUUUCUUCCCAUUUUGUUUUGUUGAAACUCCGUCAUCCCUUUGAUUGAUAAAAUUAUCCACGGUUAAUGCCGAUUAAAAAGAAUCCUCUAAGAAACAUGCAAAGGCCAGCACCUCCACUCCAAAGUAAUUCUGCCAACUGAGGUUGGACUCUUCUGGAGUAGAUAAGAACAGAAGUCGAGGCCUGCUGGAUUUAGCCCAAAGCCUUCCCCUCAUAUGGCCUCCUGGCAUUAGGAUGUAGUAGUCUGUAAUAUAGAAUUGCCGAGAGUUUCUUGACAAACAUAAAAAGGGGAUAUUAUUGGGGAAGGAGAGAGGAGAUCACAGGUUGGUGGUGGUUGUUUUUAGAUAACCUUUAAUGGCAUAAGUUAAAAAGAUUUAAAGUCAAUACAAAAAUUAAAAGAUAAAACGCAGAGCAAGAUUAAGAUCGUUUGUGUAUAACCGUGCAUAAAAACCUGGCUGUUUGCUCCAAAGCAUCCCUGGAUUUGUUGUUUAAAAGAUAAACGGUCUUCUGCUCAUCUGUUCAGCAUUUUAAGCCCAACAUUAAGGUUGAGAGGAACUUUGUUCUGGCCCUGUUACGAAGGGGGCAGUAAUACAGAACAUAAUGUACAGUUUCUGCAGUUUUCAGCACGCAGCUGCAAAAACGUUCGCUAUGGGGUGUUUUGGAGCCUCUUUCAUCACUCAAAGCGGCCAAAGUGAUGGCACAUUGGUGCUCCGGGUUGGAAAGAGCGAACAAACAUCUGGCCACACCUAGGCGGCUGUAUGGGACGCCAAGGGAGAGGGGAGAACAGAAUUUUUUUGCAUCAGCCGUCAAUUCCUGAUGUUCUAAUUCAAAAAGUCUAGAUUUUAUAGUGAAGAACAUCGCAUUGGGAGGGAGCAUGGCCAUGACGUCAGGAGGCAGGCCCAAGUCUUGGAGAUUUGCAUCUGAGUGGGCGCACCAUUCAGUAACAUGCAGAAAAGUUAGAGCCUGUGCAGUGGGGCUGGUUGUGUUGGAUUUGAUCAGGGGUGGCCACGGCAGCAGGGGCUGAUGGGAACUGUAGUCCAUGAACAUCUGAAGGGCCAGAGUUGGAUACCUCUGGAUUAGAUGUUCCUGAACAAGCUACCUUUUGCCUUCAGAAGGCAGCAGGGAAUCGCUUUUGAUGUUCAAAAGAAACCAUUCCAAAGAGAUGCGAGCGACUCACGCCCUCCUUUGUCUAGGAGUAAAUUUUGGCACCAUUCGUGUCAACCAACAGCCACAGCCCCGAUAAAUGUGUCCCAACAAAACAACGAAUGUCAGAUUUCUUCCUUGACACAGAGUUCCUUGGAAUGAAUAGUGAACUCACAAGUAGAGCAUGACCCGGGUGGUGCCCCAGUCAGGUGCCGUUGGGAAGCACUGCUCCGUUCACUAGAGGAGGACAGCAGAAGUUCUGAUAUCAUGAAAAUGGGUCGGCUUCAGGAAGCGAAAACAGAGGGUGUGCCAUGUCACCUUAUUAGCUACCAGGCUGAUUGGAAAAUAAUUGUUCUAAAUCAGACAUCAACUUGCUAAAUGGCUUAAACAAGCUACUCUUGAAUAUAGCGAAUUAUACCCUUCAUGAUUGUAGCAAAGUAAGCAGCAAGCCGGAUCAGCUUAAGGGUGCAUCCAAUCCAGCCUCCCAUUUCACACAGUGGCCAGCCUGAUGCCCCUGGGAAGCCUUUCUUUGUCGUUUAUCCCUCCACUACCCAUUGGUAUUCAAAGGUGAACUGCCUCUAAAUAUGAAGGUUCCAUUUAGCCAACAUGGCCAACCAUUUUUAAAAGAAUUGUUCUUGGAAAUUGCCUUUUAAAAGUUAAUAUAUAAAUGGCUAUUAUUAAUCAUGCAUGUUUAUACAGAACGUUGCAUCCUUAUUUUCUCUGUCUUUAGCUUUUCUUACCCAAAAGGGAAGAAAGGGGUGGGUGGGUGGGCGGGUGGAGUUUCAAGACAGAUGAAGGAAAAGGAACAAACUAACUUUUACAAAUUUGGUUGAAGACGGAAGAUUGGCAUGGUUUGUCAAAGGCAUUCACAGCGGGAAUCAACUGGCUGUUGGUGCCAGACCACAGCUGCACAGCCUGGAAAACCCACAACAGCCAUUUGCAUGGUUCUUUUGAGGGUGAAAUAAAAGGAUUAUACCAGUCACAGGAGAUUUUUAAAAAGAAGGCCAAAACCAAUGGUGAAGAACAAGGUAAACAUAUUUUUAUUACUCAGUUAAAUCUCCAAAAUUCCCUCUGAUUCACCAAGAAGCUUCUUCAGGGGAUUCUGUUAGCCUUGCGGUGAUUUCCCCAAAAGAGUUAAAAAAAUCAAUAGCAAAUAGCCACUGGAGGAAGAAAUGCAAGAAUUUUGGAAAUUUAACUGAAUAAUAAAAAAUAUUUACCUUCUUUUGCACCAGGGGGCUUGACCUUAUUUUUUAUUUCCUGGUUUUAAAAGGUGGAAAGUAAUAACUCUGUCAGUUUCCCCACUUCUCAUGUAAAAUGGGCAUCCUUAAACCAAGUCUGGCUGUGUGUGAAAGAAACCCUGGGAUGCAGAAGUCCCCUGAUCAUAGUGCUGCAAACCCCAAGACAGAGUUACUUUGCUGAGGGUGCAUGCAUGAAUUACUUUUAAGCUAGGGGUCCCAGUUGAUGAUACCAUUAUAGUCAUGCUAGGUCUUUUUAAAAAGGUCCCAGAGAAGCACUCCUCUGAAUACUUCCAGACCCGGUCCAAAAGGACAAAAGAUGCCUUCCCUUCCCACCCCGCCCCUCCCCAAAACACAUUCCAUUCAUGUCCUGGGGAAAUCGGCAUCUCCUUCAUUUCAGGCGCGAUUCAAAAGCAUUGAGAAGCUGAGGUCACUUGCAAUUCCCCUUCAGUAACUUCUUUGGAACAUCCAAAGCCGUGGUUGCUUUGGAACAUUAAAGCAGCUAUGAGGACCUUCGCCUCUUUCACUCCAGUCCUCAAUCUCCAGAAGAAAAUCCAUGCACACGAAGGAUGAAUUUCAAGAAAAUAUCUUAAAUGCAGGUAGAAUUGAGGAUGAUGAAUCUCAGGAUAUUCCGCCCUAUCAAAUGUUUAUGGGUGAUAACUGCAGGCCAAGGUCUUUUUCUGAUUAACCAGGAGUUCAUGACUCCUGACAGUAUGUCAGAAUGUAAAUUUGCAUUCUAAUUGGCCUUUCCUGGUCCAUAGCUUCAUUAGAGGUUAAAAAAAAAAAAGAUGCUUCUAAAUUAUCAGGCAAAGGCCAGCCUUCCCUCUUUCUACUGUGUUCCAACAUUGGGAUGAAACUACAUUUUCAGGAUUGACUUUUUGGAGGGAUCAGUUCAGGACUUCAAUUUGGCACGUGGAGUGAAUUUAGUGUAUUCAGAACUGGCUGGAGAUUGGCUGAAUUAAUUAAGUAAUUUAAUUUAAUGAAAGGGGGGGGGUGUUUUCAAGACCCCCACACGUGCUGGCAGACUUCAUUGGGUUUGGCAGGUCCCAAACUGUACAAACUUCACUUAGGGAUAUUCUAACGCUUGAUGAAAACAUACAUGACUUCAUCUUUGUGAUUGAUGUUGAAAAGAGGAUGCUGGAAAGAGGGGUGCUGUCAAGCUUUUUGGGGGCUGAAAUGAAACAGAACGAUUAAAGAGUCAAAUAUACCGACGGUGAUAUAUCUUCGUCAAUGUGGAUGGCGGGGAAAGAUGUGCGGUCUUUUAAUUACUGUAAUAGUUCUGUUGCUUCUAAGUACAUGACCCCCUUCUUGUGGUGUUGUUGAUGCAAUUUCUAAACUGGACUUGUUACA